AUGGCCCAUGAGAAGCAUUGGGAAGUUCACCAGAUCCAAUGGUCUGAGCUUCUGUGUCUUCCUUAUUGGAAUCCUGUUCAGUUUCCAAUUAUCAAUACUAUGCACAACCUCUUCCAGAAUGAUCUACCACACCAUUGUCGAGUUGUGCUUGGGAUAACAGACAAGAGCGGCAAAUCCCCUUUUGAAGUGCACGACACUGUAAAACAAGGUGUGGAGUUACAGCAUGGAAUUGAUGCAAUCAGGGACCUUUUCUUUACUGCUCUCAAUCGCCUCCGGCGUAGUUAUGUUGUUGCAUUUGUGGUUGCAAAUAAUAUUGAAACAUUUGCUGCUGACAGGAAGACAAGAGAUACUAUUAAAAAGGCAUAUGUGAAAGUGAUUAUUGAUUGGAAUCCUGGCAUGGUAUUGAGAGUCCCUCAUGUUUACCCUGGAUCUGUCCUUGACCUUGAGAUGUGCUCAUCAUUGACGGAAGCACCAUUGUCUGACAGAUCCUUUACUGAUCUUUCUGAAGAGAUUUACAUCACCCGACUUCACAUGGACAAUGGUCAUCAAAACUUCCACCCCCACCAAGAACUUUCUGAGUCUUUGAAUAGUAUUUCUGUCAAUCCUUGCACACAAUAUCAAGAGCAGCUAGAUCAUGAUGGUGUCAUAUACCGCACAACAAAGCCUCAAUCAAAGAAAGAUGCAGCUGUUAUUUUUCAUCUCCCUGGUAUGGGCAACUUUAAGGCUGGCUUGAUCUCAAAGAUUUUUGUUCAUUUGUGUCCUGAUCCCACCAACAGAACCACCAUGUUCAAACCCUUCCUUUUGGUAAACUCAUAUAAAGAGCUCACCAAUGCAGAGGUCCCUUUUGACCCUUAUCAAUGGUUUCUGAUGCUUGAAGCAUGCCUCAUCAAGGAUGAAGUAAAACUUUUCCAGAAGUUCAUCCGGAUCUUUCCCGCGGUCCUCCGGACCUAUUCUGCUUCGGACUUUGUCCUUGCAGCCCUUCCUCUGUUUACUUCUACUCAGGACAAGUCCCGAGUAGCCAUUAUACAUAUCCGUAUCAGGACGAAACCUCAUCGUAAUUUCCGGAAGUUCCUCUGGAACUUUCCUGCACUCAUCCGGAAGUUACUUGCACCCGUCCGGAAAGUCUUUCCGAAGUUUCCCGCGCCUUCGGACAUCUUCGGACAUCUUCGGACUUUCCUCGGACACCAAUCUGAAAUUAAGGGCACAUACUCGGGUAAGGGGCGCAGCGCACGAGCUGAAGCCAAGCCCCUCAGAAUCAGUCCUACCCUUUGUGCAUGGUCUUAA